AUGCGCCGCGUAGCCGUCGCCCGUUACGUGAGCUGCCUGGCGCCGCUGUUUUCUUGCGGUGUUCGCCUGCCGGCGCGUGUGUGGCUUUCGUCGCAGAGCAAACCGGGGCACUCCGACGACGAUGCGCUUGGCGCUGAGGACCCGUUCAAGGCGGUGGGAGAGGCCCUGAAGCAGCAACAGCAGGGGCAGGCAGCGAAGGAGAAGCAGGUGCUUCCGGAUGAAAUCGACCCGGUCGCGUCAGCAGUGAACCGGCGACGCAAUCGCCGCAAGCGCAGCGUGGAUUCCAUCUUUGGCGACGUCCUCCACGAGGCCCUGAAGCUGCGUGACAUGGGACACAAGCCCGACGCGGACUUUGUGUACAAGCGCACGCAGGAGCGCAUGUAUGAGGAAGAGUACGGUCACAAGCCGCCAAGUGCAAAGGACCAUGCGGCGAAGUAUAUCCCGUUUCCGCCAGACCUCAGCCUCAACCGCCUCCUUCCGCUGGAGGAGAUGGUUGGCGACGACCCGUGGCCGGAACGCGCCAUCACCGCUCAGAACCCCGUUUGGACGCAGAAGCAGGUGGAAGAAGACCGUAUAGCGAACGGUGGCGCCAAACUGCGGGCGUGGGAAAAGUCGAUGUUUGCUCCUCGCGACGGCUUCGACCCUACGGGGGAGUUCAUGGACGCCAUGGACGAACUGGCGUACUGGGAAGAGCGCUUCGUGAAGUUUAUCAGGGAGGCACCGCUAUCGCAGCGUCGAACGCUGCCACUCCUGCACGAACUCUAUCGGUACAUCACUCACCGACUCAUACGGGCGGAGCGACGGUACAUUGGGACGCGGGACGUGGCUUUGUCGAAGGCUCACGCCUCACCAUCGGUGUACAAAAUGACAGAAGGCAACGUCGAUCGCAUCCGUGCGCUCUACGCGGAGACGCACCGCUCCCUGUCAAGCCCCAAUUACGACCCUGCACGCAUGAAGAAGUCGGCGACCGGGCCGUUGCUUCAGAUGAGUGAGGCCGAGUUUGCGGAGUGGCGGAAUGUCAGGAAGCAUCAAAGGAAUCGACUCGUGGCGGAGAUCGUGUAG